AUGGGUCCUGGAUCGGCGUUGACCACGGCAAAGCCGACUCCGAUUCCGACCCAGGAAGAAGACCCAUCUCAUCCAUCCACAUCUCUUCUCACUUUCAGCACAGAAGUUCCCUCAUCUCCGCCGCACAAACCCACCGCCACCGCCAUCUUCAUCGCUCUCCUCCUCGUCACCUGUGCCGCCCUCUCCGCCGCAUCCGCCUUCGCCUUCCUCUUCCUGUCCCCCGGUAAAUCGGCUCAUCGUCCCUCGAUCAAAGACGGUCAAGCGGCGCGGUCGCUGAAGAAAUUGGAUCACCCAGUCGUCCUGUUGAUCUCCGCCGACGGGUUCCGGUUCGGGUACCAGUACAAGGCUCCGACGCCCAACAUCCGCCGUUUGAUCGCCAACGGGACGGAGGCUGAGACGGGUCUGAUUCCGGUAUUCCCUACUCUCACUUUCCCUAAUCAUUACUCCAUUGUCACUGGCCUCUACCCUGCUUACCAUGGAAUCAUCAACAACAAUUUUGUCGACCCGAGAAGUGGAGCCGUCUUCAAUAUGGGCAGCCACGACCCUAAAUGGUGGCUCGGCGAACCAAUGUGGGAGACUCUGGCUAAUCAGGGUUUGAGAGCUGCUACUUACUUUUGGCCUGGCUCUGAAGUGAUUAAGGGCUCUUGGGAUUGCCCCAAGGGCUUCUGUAUGCCCUACAAUGGAUCAGUUCCAUUUGAGGAUAGAGUUGAUACCGCCUUGAGCUACUUUGAUUUGCCCAGCAGUGAGAUUCCAGAGUUUCUGACUCUGUACUUUGAGGACCCUGAUCAUCAAGGUCACUUGGUCGGUCCCGAUGAUCUCCAGGUUACUGAAGCUGUUACUCACAUUGAUGGCUUAAUUGGGAGGUUGAUUGGUGGGUUGGAGAAGAGAGGGGUUUUUGAAGAUGUUACCAUAAUCAUGGUGGGCGAUCAUGGCAUGGUUGGUAACUGUGAUAAAAAGCUGAUCUUUCUCGAGGAUUUAGCUGAAUGGGUCAAGAUUCCUGCAGAAUGGGUGUCUGAUUAUACUCCGGCUCUUUCGAUUCGCCCUUCCAAGGAUGUUGAUCCGACAGAAGUUGUUGCAAAGAUGAAUGAAGGGUUGCGGUCGGGGAAAGUUAAGAAUGGGAAGAACUUGAAGAUGUAUCUCAAGGAAGAUCUUCCUCGCAGGCUGCAUUACUCCGACAGCGAGAGGAUUCCACCGAUCAUAGGGAUGCUCGACGAGGGUUUUAAGGUGGAGCCGAAGAGAACAGCAGCACAGGAGUGUGGUGGAUCCCAUGGUUAUGACAAUGCGUUCUUCUCCAUGAGGACCAUCUUCAUUGCUCAUGGCCCUCGGUUUGGGAGGGGAGUGAAGGUGCCAUCUUUUGAGAAUGUUCAGAUAUAUAAUGUGAUCGCCUCGAUCCUGAAUGUCCCCGGUGCCCCGAAUAAUGGGUCUUGGUCAUUUCCUCGCUCUAUUCUUUUGCCUGAGGCUUAG